UUGACAUUGACAGGGAAUGUCAAAAGUCAAAAGAUAAAGCGCGACCUGUAUUAUCCUUUUCAGUGAAACCUUCUUAUAGAAGCAAAGUGAGACAUGGCCCCGAGGAAAGGAAAAACGCCCAAAGAGGAGGUCCAACUGUCCCUUGGACCGCAAGUACGCGAAGGCGAGAUAGUCUUCGGCGUUGCCCACAUUUUCGCCAGUUUCAACGACACAUUCGUACAUGUCACCGAUUUAUCGGGCAGAGAAACCAUCUCGAGAGUCACCGGAGGCAUGAAAGUCAAAGCCGACAGGGACGAGGCCUCUCCCUACGCCGCUAUGUUAGCUGCACAGGAUGUAGCAGAGAAGUGCAAAACGCUAGGAAUCACGGCCCUGCACAUCAAAUUGCGCGCCACCGGCGGCAACAAAACGAAGACCCCUGGACCGGGGGCCCAGAGCGCUUUGAGAGCCCUGGCUCGAUCCAACAUGAAAAUAGGCAGAAUCGAAGAUGUUACUCCGAUUCCCUCGGAUUGUUGCCGUAGGAAGGGAGGUCGUCGCGGUCGCAGGUUGUAGAUCCAUCUACUCCGGUAUUUUUUGUUUAUAUAUUUAAGUAUAUAACUCGUUCAUUCCGGCAAUACAUGUUGAUUGAACAGA